AUGCAGCUACACACGCAGCAGCAGCAGCAGCAGCGGCGGCGGCGAUACGCGCGGAUAUCGCGUCGAGAAAGACAGAACAGGUGGCCGACCAACUGUGACGAUGGCCAUUCCGAUCGACAACGCGUCCAGAAACUGGAGGCCAGGAUGGAGCAGAUUGUGGAUGCCGUCAAUACGCUUGUGGAGCUCCAAUCGGGACAGUCGUCGGCCAGACUCCAUGGGACUUCGACGCCGCGACUCAGUGCCUCGUCCAUUCUGUCCCAGGAAGAAAUUCAACACGAUGGCACGGCUCACCCUAGCGUCUCGAGAUUCGAUCCCUUACACCGGUUGUUCACCUUGACCUUUGCUCAGUUGGCGAUGCUGACCAGUGCCAGACCAGAUCCUCCGCCGGACGUGCUCCAGACAUUAGUCAAGCUGUACCUCGAACGGAUCGCGGAUCAACCUCUGCCUCUCUUUGACGUCAAAAGACUGCCUUCUCGUGCGCAGAAAUUCUCAAGAGGGCUUUUAAGGAGCUUUCUUGCCUUGACUGUCAGAUACUCGGACAGUGAUUUCUAUAGCAACAGCCGAUCCCGCGCCGUAGAUUUCUACAAGAACUCGGCGUCGGAAUUGUUGUUUGCCCAGGCCGCAGAGCCUUCUGGCGACCUGGAGACUCUUAUGGCUUUCUGCCUGCUGUGCCUCAGCGAGAUUGCAGGCGUGGCUGUGCGAAUGGCCGUAUGCUCAAACACAAUGUUCAAUGCCGCCACGAGUACGACAGUCUCUGCAAACCCCGAGCUGUCCAGAUGUUGCUGGAGCGUGUUCAUCCUUGACCGAAUGCACGGGAGCAGCUUUCGUUGUCUUCCGGCCAUCUCUACUGAAGAGGCUAUGCCUGAGAUGCCCCCUGUUGCAAAACGGCCUUCAUUAACUCUGCCAAACAGACUCGCGGAGUUCGAGGGCGCGGAGGAGAAGGACGCCGGUAUCAACUCCUACGCUUUACAGUUAUUGUCUAUAUGGGGUCGCUUGAUGUCGUACCUCAAGACCAUCAAACAGGGCAAUCUUGAAGAGCCAUGGGCCGCCAACUCGGUGUAUCAACAGAUCAAGUCGGAAAUGUCUCGGUUCGAAACGGUGCUUCCGGAAGCCCACCGAUUCAAGAACAACCGAUUUCAUGACAGGACACCUUCAGAGCUGGAAGAGCAGCGUGCAUAUUGGGCAGCUUGGGUCUUCACACAAUGCAUCUACCACACGAUACAUUGCACCCUGAACCACCCCUUUCUCCAUAUUGCUAGGAUCCCGGGUCGACCACGACUCCGCUCUCCGUCAUUCCUUCAACAUGCAACCGACCAAGCGGUGCUGCACUCAGCCUGGGUCGUCCUUGUUCUAAGAUUAUGCGAGGAAAAGCACUUUACCAUUUUCGAUCCGUUUGUCGGUCACUUGGCUUCGAUGAUUACAACUGCGCAGUUUUUUUUGAAAUUUUCAAAGGACGAGUCGCUGGCAGCAAGGGCCUCUAAAGAUUUUGAAAUGCUGAGAAGCUAUGUUGAUAAAAUGGCGAAUACCCACAGUCACCUGCUGCAUACCGUUUCGAAGCUUUCUAGGCUUGCACAGUUCGCAACAUCACACGUCUAUGCGGCUUCGAAUAGUCCACCAAAGGUCGAGACUGCACUAUUAUGGGAUCUGCUCGACUAUGCAGUGUCAUCGUCACCCGUCGUCGACAGCGGUGACUCCUCCGACAAUGUGGAACUGAACGAUACUGAGAUGCCCAGCAUGUGGCUCACGGAUAUGCAGAAGGUUGGUGUCGCAUUCUGCUCGGGAGGUGGAUUGUUCUUGUUCGGAGGUGUCCUCAUGUUCUUCGAUCGCUCUAUGCUAGCGAUGGGAAAUAUCCUCUUCCUCAUCGGCCUGACCCUUAUCAUCGGAUUCCAAAAGACGUUUGUCUUCUUCGCCCGACGUCAAAAACUCAAAGGCACCGCUGCGUUCAUGGCAGGCAUACUUCUCAUACUGAUCCGGUGGCCACUGACUGGAUUCCUGGUUGAACUCUACGGCAUCUUCGUCCUCUUUGGCGACUUCUUUGCGACCAUAGCAUCGUUUGCCGGCAAUAUCCCCAUUGUGGGCCCAUACAUCCAAAUGGUACUGCAGAAGAUCUCGAGCGGGCGGCGGAAUGCAGAAUUGCCAGUAUGA